AUGUCGGACAACUCGCUGAGAGAAGCAAAGGAGGCUUCACAUUCUGGAGAAGCAGCAGCAACCACCCCUGUGACAGACAUUGAGCACGGUUCGAUGGCCACCGGCGUGGCUUCAAAGGGAUACAAGAUCGGUCCUCUGACUCUGCCAUUGUAUCGAUCCCCUCUUGCACAGACGAUCAUCAUUGGCUUCGUCUGUUUCCUGGUUGUUGGCAUGUUCAACGUCCUCGCGUCUCUAGGAGGUGGAGGCCAGCUGGACGCCACGCUGUCCAACGAAGCCAACAUCAUCCUCUACUCUGUCUUCGCAGGGGUCGCUCUCGUGUCGGGCUCCAUCUGCAACUAUCUUGGUCCCAAGAUCACCUUGUCCGUUGGAGGCGUCGGCUACGCCCUCUACGCCGCGUCCUUCUGGUGCUACAAUCAUACCCAAAACCGGGGCUUUGUUCUGUUUUCUGGAGCUGCUUGCGGUUUCGCGGCCGCCUUUCUAUGGACCGCCGAAGGAACGAUUUUGAUGUCAUAUCCUACUGAGGACCAGAAGGGCCGAUAUAUCAGUCUUUUCUGGACCAUUUGGAGCAUGGGUGCCGUCAUCGGUAGCAUCAUCCCGACGGCACAGAACUGGUCCAACACCUCGGCCGGUAGGGUCAACGACGGGACAUACAUUGCCCUCUUCGUCUUGAUGUUGGCCGGCAGUGUGCUGGCCCUGUGUCUCGUCCAUCCGAACAAGGUCGUUCGUGACGACGGAACCAAGGUCUAUAUGGUUCAACAUGCGUCCUUGUUGACCGAGUUGAAAAACAUCGCUCGGUCGGUCGUGGUCGAGCCCUGGAUCGUGCUCUUCUUUCCCUAUGCCUUCGCCGGUCUCUGGUAUGGAGUGUACCAGAGCAACGACUACAACGCCUACUUCUUCGACGUCCGCACCCGGGCAUUCAACUCCAUCUGGUACAAUGUUGCCCAGAUGGUUUCUGCGGGUCUGUUAGGUCUGUUCCUCGACAUCAAAUAUUUCACCAGACGCACCAGAGCUCUCCUGGGAUGGGCCUUGAUGUUUGUCCUCUUCAACGCCGUGUUGAUCGGUGGAGUGUUUCCGCUUCGAGAGUCCAGUCGCGACCACCCGGUGGCCAAAAUCCUUGAUGUCACCGACAACAAGGCUGGCGGCUACAUUGCUCUGUAUUUCUUUUAUGGCUUCUUGGAUGGCGCAUGGCAAUGCUAUGCGUACUGGAUCAUGGGAACUCUUUCCAACAAUCCCCUUGUGCUGAGUAUGUAUGGAGCCUUUUACAAAGUGUUUGGCGCUGCGGGCAGCGCCAUCGUGGCCAGCCUCGACGAGGACAAGAAGUCCUAUGUCACCAUGUUCGCCUCUUACUGGGGUCUGACGGCGGGAUCACUCCUGAUUCUGCUCCCAUUGGUGCUCAAGCGUGUCACCAACACGAGCAUGCCCGUCGAAGUCCCGAGCGCCAGGAUGGUCGGCGCAGGAGGCCCACAGGCUGGAAUCGCUGUCGGGGUGGAUAUGGAGAUCGAGGGCGAGGAGAAGGAGCAGGAGCUGAAGCACACGGUCAUCUAG